UGACGUGCCCCAACUGAUGCGCGAAGGUCUUCACUGGACGAGCGACAAUAUAAUACGCGGGCAUGGAUUCGUUUCUGAUACUUCAACGAUUAUCGACGAAAACUUUUUCUAUUAACUACGAAUAUUUCGCAGACGUUGGGCUUGAUCUAGUACGGCAUUACUUCUUCCAGGACCUACAGCAGACACCACCGCGAUGGGUUGCCCACCUCCAACUUUUCGCCGCGGCGGAAGAAGUUUUGGCUAGUGUUCGCUUUGAGGACAUCUCUGUCGAGCAUGUGUACAUCGCGAUAGCUCAUGGGGCUGAGCAUGGGGGAUGCAUUUACCAUUACCGGUGGAGCCAGCCGAAAAUAGCGUAUAACACUAUAUACGAUGAAAUGCCUAUGGAAGGGUGGUGGCCAUGGCCAAGGGCAGAUACGGUUUUAAAUUCGGAGAGAUUGGAUGAGGAGCGCCUAGCCGAAGAGUAUCGUGGAAGAUCUCUAACAGGAUAUUUGAUAAGUUUCUUUAGUGGUCUAAGAUUUGUGUUAAGCGGAUGCUGACUUUCAAGUCGCAAAGCUACACACGUCAAAAGAACUCGCAAUUAC